CGGGAGGCUUUUCCGAAAAUCCCAACGGCAGUAAAUGCAUCACCGCCUCCCUCCGGUAGCAACACGGAAGUGGAUGCAGUGACGUUUGUGCCAUGGCAACAGCGCGAAUCUGUGUCCUGCUCCUCGCGCUCUCCUCGACUUCUGCAGAAGAUGUAAAACUAAAACACAAAACCUCCAACAAACCUGUGAGGCUGUUCACCGAGGAGGAGCUGGGGAGAUACGACGGCAGAGAGGAGGGGCAGCCGAUCUACAUGGCAAUCAAAGGAGUUGUGUUUGACGUCACAAAGGGGAGAGAGUUUUAUGGGAAAGGCGCUCCAUACAACGCUCUGGUUGGUAAGGACUCCACCCGGGCGGUGGCUAAGAUGUCUCUGGACCCUGCAGACCUGACAUCAGACAUUUCGGGCCUCAGUGAGGAUCAGCUGGAGUCUCUGGAGAGUGUGUUUGAAGGAACGUAUAAAACCAAGUAUCCCAUCGUGGGUUACACCGCGUCCCGCAUCCUCACCGAGGACGGGAGUCCCAACAGAGCCUUCAAACCUGAGGACCAGCCGCUCUUCCAGAUCAAAGAUGAGUUUUAACCUCAUGAUUGUUUUUAUUGACGCUGUAAUCCCUCCCUUACGUGAAGAAGAGAAGAACAAAUACAUAUAGAAACGUGUUUUAUUGAACUAAAUGUUUACAGGAUGCUUUAUUAUCUGAGAGCUUUAAAUGCACUGUGCCUUUCAAACCAUCUCAAACCAUCUCAUCCCUUUUCGUACCUUUUGUUUUACUCGAUUGGGAAAUGUAGAGUAGAUAUAUUAAAUAAAACUCUUAUUAGAAUUAGAUUUUUAUUUUUUCAUUGAUAGCGAGGAGUCGCUUAAUAUUGAGCCUUUACAAUUGUAAAAAGUUUUCUCAAAACUCAUGGUUUUGCCUUUCAAAUGUAUUAUUUUGUCCCAAAAAAUAAAAAAAGUAAUGAUUUUCCGUC